GCUGGAGAGCAGCUUUGGGCCCGUGUCCAGCGAGGGUGCCCCCCCUUCAGAUCCAAGCUCUCAGCAGACCCAGCCGAAGUAGCCUCGGGACAGGACAGCGGCAGGGAUAGAGGCACUCCUGACAGAGGUCCCCGCCGAUCAAAAUGCCCAUCCUGAAGAGUCUAGGGUUGGCGAACCCUAAGGUGCCCCGGGCAGGGACCCUGCCCCUCAGGUCCUCUCGGAAUCCCUUUGAGGAGGCUCCAGGGCUGGAAGAAGAGACUGGGGAGCUCGGGACCCUCCCCAGUGGGGCAUCAUGUCACCGCCGCGCCACCCUGGAGAAGCUGGCGGGCCUGGCCCCCUUCCGGCUCGGCUGGGCCCCGGGCCGGCGAGCGGGCAGCCCCGGGACCGAGCAACCCCGCUCCUUCCUGGGCCGGGUGCUAGCACCAGGGCUCCGGAGGAGCUCGGCAGAUUUCGGUCUCCUGGCCAGGCUGCAGGGCCUCCGCGGCCAGGGCGAUGAGGAGGCCGCUGGGGAGGCCGCCCGGAGACUGGCCUUCCUGAGACUGGGGCGCGGGCCCAAGCCGCGGCGCGCAUCCUUGGCCGAGAGGGUGGUGCCCGCAGGUGAGGCGGCCCCCGAGCCCCCACCCAAGGUCCCGGAGCCCCCAAAGGUGAAAGAGCCGUUGUCAGUGCUGGAGAUCCUGAGCUUGAUCCAGCAGCGCGAGCUGGCGCGAGCCGACGAGCACAUCUUGGAGCUGGAGGCCGAGGAGCUGGCGGCGUCGGGGGGCGGCGCCCCGGGGCCGCCCAAGGCCGAGGGGGCCGGCGGGGGUCGCCGGGCGCGGGACGUGGCGCUGCUCUACGAGGCCCUGCAGCGCGAGCUGUGGGCGCUGGUGCGCGAGACGCUGGUGGGCCCCGGGCCGGGCGCGGGCGCCGGGGCGGGCGCCGUGGCGCAGCUCGGCCAGGUGCUGGUGCAGGAGGAGGCGGCCGACGGGCGCCGGGGCGCCGGGGCGGCCCGCAGGCUGCGCGCCCGCUGGGCCGAGGCCGUGGCACGCGCGGCGCGGGAGCGCCUGGAGGCGGCAGCGCCCGGGGCGCCCGGGGGCCUAGCCGGGCAGCUCGAGGCGCUGCGGGCGCGGCUGCUGGAGGAUAUGGCCGUGGUGCGGGGCCGCCUGGCGCCCGCCUACCCUGCCGGCCUGGGCGCCUUCGGCGUCUACCUGCGCGGCUACCACGGCGCGCUGGCCGAGUGGCUGGGGGUGGCCGCCCGCCGGAGGCUGCCGCUGGCCGACCGCUACGCGCUGCUGCACUGGCACAACCAGGUGUACCCCAGAGAGGUCCUGGGGCUGGUGGACAUGGUCGCCCUGGAGAACGGGGAGCUGGGACCCCUUCUGUCCCCCGGCACCCUGCGGGGUUUGGAGGAUGAAUGUGUCACAGAUGUCAAGGCUCAGACGCGGGCAGCCCUGCUGCGAGUGCUCCAGGAGGACGAGGAGCACUGGGGGGGCCUCGAGGACCCGCCCAGCAGGCUGGCUCAGGAUGUGUGCGAGCUGCUGGAAGAGCACACAGAGCGGGCACCCCGCAUCAGCCAGGAGUUCGGGGAGCGGAUGGCCCACUGCUGCCUGGGGGGCCUGGCAGAGUUCCUGCAGAGCUUCCAGCAGCGCGUGGAGCGAUUCCACGAGAACCCAGGAGUCCGGGAGCUGCCGGCCGACGCCUACAUCAGCAGGACCAUCGCCCUGGUCAACUGCGGGCCCCCUCUGCGAGCCCUGGCCGAGCGCCUGGCCCGGGUGGGACCCCCUGAAAGCGAGCCGGCCCGGGAAGCGGCAGCCAGUGCUCUGGACCGUGUGACCCGGCUGUGCCACCGUGUCCUGGCGGACCUGCUGUUCCAGGAGCUGCAGCCCCACUUCAACAAGCUGAUGCGCCGGAAGUGGCUGAGCAGCCCUGAGGCGCUGGACGGCGUCCUGAGCACGCUGGGCGCCCAGGCCCUGGCCCUGCGCAGGAUGCAGGACGAGCCUUACCAGGUGCUGGUGGCCGAGCUGCACCGGCGAGCGCUGGUCGAGUACGUGAAGCCCCUGCUCCGCGGGCGCCUGCGCUGCCGCUCGGCGCGGACCCGCAGCCGCGUGGCCGGGAGGCUCCGGGAGGACGCGGCGCAGCUCCAAAGGCUGUUCAGGCGGCUGGAGUCGCAGGCCUCGUGGCUGGACGCCGUGGUGCCCCAUUUGGCGGAAGUCCUGCAGCUGGAGGACACGCCCAGCAUCCAGGUGGAGGUGGGGGUGCUGGUGCGGGACUACCCAGACAUCAGGCGGAAGCAUGUGGCGGCUCUCCUGGACAUCCGUGGCCUCCGCAACACAGCUGCCCGCCACGAGAUCCUCGCCGUGGCCCGGGACCUGGAGCUGUCAGAGGGGGGAGCCCUGUCUCCCCCUCGGGACCGGGCCUUCUUCGCCGACAUCCCUGUGCCCCGCCCGCCUUUCUGCCUUGGCCUCCCCCUGUUCCUGGGCCGUCUCCCCAUCUCCCGGCUGUCCAGGCCAGGCUUGACCUGCCUGCCUCGGUCUCGACUUCCAUCUUCAUCACGACCCCGGGCCCAGCUCUGAGACCCUCCCUUCCAGCCCUCUGCCUCAGUGUCCCCCCAUCUUUGCUGCUGACAGACGUCCACCUGUGUGCCCCUCUCCUGACGCCCUGCCUGGGACCCCAGACCCUGGGAACGGAAAGAUCCUUAGAGAUCUUCUCACCCAAGCCUACACUCCCUGUACAGAAGGGAAACGGAGGCCAGAGGCAACAAGGACUUUCCCAAGGCCACGCAGCCCAUUCCUAGCACAGACGCACGACCCAAGCCCAGAAUGGUGGGUGGUGUUUUGGAAGGCACUACAGAAAUAUCCCAGACCGCCUCCCCCUUACCCCUCACUCAAGGUCUGGCCCAAAUCCAAUGUAUUAAGGAAUGUACGAUACUUGGAAUAAAGAGGUUUCUAUUUAACACAA